AUGGGGCGAAAGUAUCACGGAGCUGCUUGUAGGACCUGCCGACGCCGCGGCAGGAAGUGUACUCGAGAGCUCCCGGCUUGCCAGUCGUGCAUUGACAAGGGCAACGAGUGCGAGGGCUAUGCCUUCAAAUUCGCGGGCCUGGCCAGUCGGGGCUUUCUCAGCGGGCAUGCCGGCGUAGGUGAAGUCAGAUUCAAGAGGAAUCCGGGUCCCAGAAAGGCCAACAGGACUCAGGUGCAGCAGCAGGAACGCAACGAGCAGCCUUUGCCAUUAGUCGAUCCAUCUCAAUUGCCUCUUGUUCAGGAUGAUGGUGACGAUGUACCACCUUCUGGAGAAUCGGUAAUGCUGGAUCUUUCAUCGCCCGGUCCGGCGCCACAAGAUUGGCAACUCGUGGAAUCUGGAAUCCGGGACGAAACUCCCCAGCGUGGUUCCAUCACCGAUGGAGAGGUCACUCUCUCGGCCUCUGAAAAUCUGGAAGACUCCCAGCGGAGAUGUGAACUACCAAACCCAUUCGUUGGCCCCUCAGCAGCCAUGAAUCUUUUCCAUCUUCCCGUCGAGCUGAGUUUUGUACUGGAGUACCACUUCCAUGAAGCGGCAGCCAAGCUGUGCGUUGACAAUGACGCAGCUCGAAAUCCGUACCGAGAGUAUAUUUAUCCCCUUGCCCUGCAGCGGCCAGCACUACUCUAUGCAUGCGCCGCCUUGUCAUCAGUGCACUACAGCACACGACACAAAAACGAAGCCUUCCUCGUCGAUGCACUACGUUUUCGAGGCAAGGCUUUGAGCCGGUUGCAAGAGUCCAUGUGGUGCGUCGAUAGUUCCUUGGAUGAGAGCAACUUGGCCACCUUACUCAUGCUCAUCCUGUGUGAUCUUUGCAUGGGCGGCCCUUCCAAUUUUGAGACCUACUUCACCAUGGCAAAGAGCUUGAUCAAUCUACGUGGCCCUCUCAGGACCCCUGACAACUUUGUCGAGCAAUACAUUUCCUGGAUGGACAUCAUGUCUUGUGCGUCUACUUCGCGACAGCCAGUCUUUACCAUCGAGGACGUGGCUUCGCUGCACCAAAGGAAUUUGGACUGGAGUCACGACGUUGUGCCUUGUGCAACAGAUCUCUUCUACAUCUUUCUCGACAUUGUUUCGCUACACAAGAAUACGCAACUCGGCGCUACCGAUGUCGAUGCCCAGCUUCAGUCCUUGAAAAUGCGUAUCCUAACGUCCCCCCCUCGCGUCGAACGGGGAAUGCCCUGGUUCCAUUUGACCGAAGCCUACCGUUUUGGGAUCCUUCUUUAUGCUGCCCUCUUGUUUGACAAGACUCAGGACGAGGAUGAAAUGGCUUGGCUGGUCAGCAGCAUCAUCCAGCACGCAAAAUCAAUACCGAGUCGUAGCGGCUGGGCUGAUCAGCUUCUAUGGCCCUUGUUUCAUGCUGGCCUACGAAUGUCAGAUCCGAGGCAACAAGAUUGGCUGAGGGGGAAACUUUCGGAAAUGCAGACCUCUGGAGGAUUUCGAAACGUCACCAGCGCACAAGAAGUGCUCGAGAUGUGCUGGCGCGGAGAAGUCUCUGGGAAAUACGCCGAUCUCUUGGUGAAACAGGGUGUUGGAGACAUGAUCGUAAUUUAG